GUUUCCAGUCCACACACAAAAACACACACCAUAUUCUCUUCUUCUUCUUCUUAUCUCAUCCUCUAAUGCCACGCCACGCCUUUUCUCGUCUCUUCUUUUUUAUUCUUGUUUUUUACCUCCAAUUUACAAGUUUCAGUUCAGAUCACAAUUGAAUGUAAGGCAAGGAAAUAAAUAUACAUAUAUAAUUAUGUAUAUGGCAACAUUGGGUGCAAACUCAAGUAUUAUUAUUAAAACUGAUUUAAGGUUUCACAGAUCAAUAACAACAACAACAACUUCAAGGUUUCAGUAUUCUCCUACUUGUACUGUGGCACUUCUCAAACUAGUGUCUUUCACUAGAAAACCUCUUCAUCAUUCUCGCGGUUUAGGAUGGCAAUGUCAACACCACAAAGGGGAACACCAUUCUUCUCCCAAUCCUGCACAGAUAUUAGAAAUUGGGUUCAAUAGGAUGGUUGUUUCUCUUCAAGAUUGGAGAAAUUUACGCGUCAUGGAACUAGCUGGCUUGUUGCUUUGUAUUUUAAUGGUUGUUCCAUCAGCUGAUGCUGUUGAUGCUCUCAAAACUUGUGCCUGUUUGCUCAAGGAAUGCAGGCCAGAAUUAGCCAAGUGUCUUUCAAACCCAUCAUGUGCUGCCAAUAUUGCUUGUCUCCAAACUUGCAACAAUAGACCUGAUGAAACUGAAUGCCAGAUAAAAUGCGGAGACGUGUUUGAAAACAGUGUGGUUGAUGAAUUCAACGAGUGUGCCGUCUCAAGGAAGAAAUGUGUACCUAAGAAAUCUGAUGUGGGAGAGUUUCCUGUUCCAAAUCCGGAUGUCCUUGUCAAGAGCUUUAAUAUUUCAGAUUUUAGUGGCAAGUGGUACAUCACUAGUGGAUUAAAUCCCACUUUUGAUGCCUUUGACUGCCAGUUACAUGAAUUUCGCACAGAAGCCAAUAAACUUGUUGGUAAUAUAACAUGGAGAAUACCAACUCCAGAUGGUGGAUUUCUUACCAGGUCAGCCCUGCAGAAAUUUGUUCAAGAUCCUGAAAAUCCAGGAAUACUCUACAAUCAUGAUAACGAGUACCUUAACUAUCAAGAUGACUGGUAUAUUUUGUCAUCUCAAAUUGAGAACAAACCAGAUGACUAUAUAUUCAUCUACUACCGAGGAAGAAACGAUGCAUGGGAUGGCUAUGGUGGUGCUGUCGUAUACACAAGGAGUUCAGUUUUACCCGAAUCCAUUGUUCCUGAACUUGAAAAAACGGCAAAGAGUGUAGGAAGAGACUUCAGCAAGUUCAUUAGAACCGAUAACACAUGUGGACCAGAGCCUUCGAUUGUGGAGAGGCUGGAGAAAAAAGUAGAGGAAGGAGAGAAAACCAUUGUGAGGGAAGUUGAAGAGUUGGAAGAAGAGGUAGAGAAGGUUGGGAAAACCGAAAUGAACUUGUUACAGAAGUUGGCAGAAGGGUUCAAAAUUUUUCAAGAAGAUGAAGAAAAUUUCUUAAGAGGGCUAUCUAAGGAAGAAAUGGAGAUACUCAACAGCCUCAAAUUGGAAGCUGAUGAAGUAGAAAAGCUCUUUGGACGUGCCUUGCCACUGAGGAAACUAAGAUAACAUAUAAAUCUGUGAAAAAAAUGAUGUAAGUUGUAACAUAUUUUUUGAUAUACUUGUUUAUUAUUGAAUGAAUUCUCAUGUUUGUUCUCAUAAGAAUUCGUUUUAUAUAGAAAAAAGACAUCAAAUUGGUGCUGUUUU